GAGAGAGAGAGAGAGAGAGAGAGAGAGAGAGAGCGAGAGAGAGAGGUGGGUAAGAAUUUUUUUAACUGUCACUAAAAAAUUGACUCAAGCUGCAGCUGACCUCAGCAAAGACCAGGGUCAUGGAGCCACAACAGAUCAGAGAGGGAUACUUGGUAAAGAAGGGAACACUGCUAAACUCCUGGAAGGCAGUGUGGGUGGUGCUGUCAGAAGAUGGGCUGGAAUUCUAUAAAAAGAAAACCGACCACUCUCCGAAAGGAAUGAUCCCACUAAAGGGCGCCACGCUCAUGAGUCCUUGUCAGGAUUUUGGCAAGAGGACGAUGGUUUUCAAGAUUACCACAGACAAGAAGCAGGAUCACUUCUUCCAAGCCUCACAUAUGGAGGAGAGAGAGUGUUGGGUCAAGGACAUCAAGAGAGCCAUCACCUGCCUCGAGGGGGGGAAAAAAUUUGCCAGGAAGUCCACAAGACGCUCCAUUCGCCUGCCUGACACUAUCAACCUGACAGAACUGUACACACUAAUGAAAGACCAAGAUGAUGGAGUGAAAGAGUUAAAACUGGAGCAGGAUAAUCGAGUCUUCAACCACUGCUUCACCGGUGGGACAGUGGUAGACUGGCUGAUUUCAAAGCAGAAAGCGAGAAACAGGCCCGAGGCUCUUAUGUUAGCGACAGGGCUCCUGAAUGAGGGUUUUCUCCAGCCUGCGAGUGACUUGUCCAAAGAAGGAGCAGAAAGUGGAGAGCAAACAGCUUUCUUAGAUCAGACAAAUGCUCUUUAUUACUUUGCAGACAGUGGGUUCUUUUGUGAAGGCUACUCCAGUGAUGAAGAUACGCUUCUUAAGGAAGAAUUCAGAGGAAACAUCAUAAAACAGGGCUGUUUACUCAAACAGGGACAUAAGAGAAAAAACUGGAAAGUGCGAAAAUUCAUGCUGAGAGAUGACCCUGCUUACAUGCAUUAUUAUGAUCCUACAAAGGGUGAUGACCCGCUGGGCUCGAUCCAUCUCCGUGGGUCUGUGAUUACAGCUGUGGAGUAUGUGCCUGAUGCCAAAAAAUAUGACAUUGAGGGCAACCUUUUUGAGAUCAUCACUUCAGAUGAAACUCACUACUUCCUCCAAGCUGCUACAGCAGAAGAACGAAAGGAGUGGAUCAAAGCAAUACAGGCAGUGUCAAAAAGUGGAAAAUAACAGGAGCAUUGGGACAGGCACAUUUUUAUUGUAAAAUCUUGUUUGCAAUUUAUUUAAUUACAUGUAAGAGUGUGUCAGCGAAGUAUAGCUGAAUUGUUAUUGUAGUGUCAUUCUAGAUUAACUGGCAAGUUCAACGCCUUCAUACACUUUCAAACUAAUGUUUUGAUGUUUUUUGUGCGGAAUGUGACUAAUGAAA